UCCGCGUGUCGGCUGGGUGCCAGCGAGCUUGAUUCGCUUAGACCCCAGCUUGACGAGGCCAAUGUACGACUCGUCGGUAUCGGCCUUGAAGAUCUCGGAGCUCAGGAGUUUUUGGAUGGCGGGUUUUGGAAAGGAGAUCUUUUCAUAGAUCAACAACAAAAAAGCUACCAAGGACUUGGUUAUAAGAAAUACAGCUUGAUGAGCAUUAUGAAGGCUGUCUUCUCAGCUAAAACUAGAGCUGCACUUUCGAGGGCAAGUGAUAAAAAUAUUAAGGCUAACAUGAAAGGAGAGAAGCUGCAAAUUGGAGGAACUCUUAUCAUCGGAAAAGGAGGAGAAGUACUAGAAGAUUUCAAGCAGGAAGCCCCUGGUGACCACAUACCUCUCCAGACUGUACUGAAUGCCUUUGGCAUCAAAGCAGAGGCACCAAAGACCGAUGGGGCCGAAGGUGGGGCCGUCGUAUGCAACGAUGAUGUAUGCCAAAUGAAGUAAAA